AUGUCUCCCGACUUCGAAUCAAGUCAACUACCGUCAAAACAAGAUGUACCAGUCACUAUUGCGAGUGUUGACAUCGACCCUCGAGCAGAGCGCGCAUUAGUAUGGAAAUUUGACCUUCGACUACUUCCUGUGUUGGCCAUCAUGUAUCUGUUCAACAGCCUGGACAAGUCUAAUUUGGGCAAUGCUAAGACAGCUGGCCUUGAAGAGACACUCUCCCUGAAGGGAAAUCAGUACAAUCUUCUGCUUAGCAUCUUUUUCGUCCCGUACGUCCUAACUGCACCCUUCCUCGGUCUUUUGGGGAAGAAAUAUGGACCGAACAUUGUUCUACCCUGCAUGAUGCUUGCCUUCGGUAUUUGUACGAUUCUUGUGGUCACAGUUUUCAACUUUAGCGGUCUCUUCGCCAUUAGGUGGUUUUUGGGUAUGGCAGAGAGCGCAUUCUUUCCGUUGGUGAUCUAUUACCAAACAACUUUCUAUCGCCGGGGUGAGCUAGCUCGCCGGCUCGCCAUUUUUUAUGCGGCUCAAACCAUUGCCUCUGCCUUCUCGGGCUUGCUGGCAUUUGGGAUUUUCCGCAUCAACACGGGUCCAUUGGCGCCUUGGAGGUAUCUCUUUUUGAUCGAAGGUGCAGGAACUGUUCUCUUUGCACUAUUCGCACUGUGGUAUCUACCUCGGUCGGCCUCAGAGGCAAGUUUUCUGACACCUGAAGAGAAAGAACUCGCAUACCUUCGUUUGCAAAUUGAUAGUUCUUCUGUGGUUAAUGAAAAGCUCGACAUCCGGGAUGCGUUUCAAGUGUUUAAACACGGGACUAGUUGGGUUAUUUUAGGCAUUCAAAUUUGCCUAGGUGUUCCCUUGCAGGCAGUUCAGCUAUUCCUUCCUGUGAUAAUACAGCGCCUUGGGUAUAGUACCGUGAAAACCAACCUAUUCACUGUGGCCCCCAACAUCUCAGGCGCUGCAGUCCUCCUCAUCCUGGCGUUCAGCAGUGACUGGACGAGAUGGCGAUUCCCAUUCAUUGCACUCGGCUUUUUAUUCACAUUCGUGGGGUUCGUGAUUUAUGCGACUAUCGAUGUUGAGCAUGAUAUAAAUGUAGCCUAUUUUGCUUCAUUUCUGAUGACUUGGGGCACCUCUGCACCUUCUGUUCUUCUCGACACUUGGUAUAAUAACAACACUGCCAAUGAAGGGCGUCGUGUGGUAUUAACGAGUAUUGCUGUCCCGUUGGCCAACUUGAUGGGGGUUGUCAGCUCGAACAUCUUCCGCAAGCAAGAUGCACCUGAAUACCUUCCUGCCUUAAUCACCACGGCCUCAUUUGGCGGGGUUGGUAUUGUCUUGACAAUCUGUCUGGGGCUUUGGAUGAUUGCGGAUAAUAGGAAAAGGGACCGAUUGCAAGGUGUUCAUAUCAAGGCAAGGGAUAUCCCUACAGAAUAUCUCAAGGACGGGCCUGCCUGUGAUAACUUCCGCUGGUUUUAUUGA